AUGUCUGUGAUUGUAGAUGUUACCAUGGUUGGGGGCCCUUACGGUAGCCAAUACCAGGAAGUCCAAGCCUGGAAGGUCGGGAAACUCAUCACCAAGCUCACCGUUUUCAAGCAGGAGAACAGAGUGAGAGGUGCCUACGUGUGGAAGAAUGGAGAGGGCCAGUACGAUGGAGCCACUUUCGGUGUUGCUGCUGGAGAUUCAGACACCUUUGAGUUCCAGCCCGGCGAGCGCAUCACCUCCAUGUCACUCUGGCCUGGAAGAUGGGGACCAAAUAAUCACGUCCGAGCAGGCCACAUCUGGUUCACCACCAGCAACGGUCGCAACUUCGAUGCGGGGCCUGGCAAGUGGGGCAGUGAAACCAAACUUGACGUUGGGUCGGGCUACCUGGUUGGCGUGGAAGCUAUUACCGGUUCAGACAUUAACAAGUGGGGCUUUGUCUUCCUCAAGCCGCUGCUUCUCCUCACUCUCACUGAUGUGGAGUACCCCAGCCUCAAUGAGAUGGGUGGUGUUGUACCCGUCACCCUUGACAGUCUCGACGAGACUAACGACAGCAAGAAUUCCGACCUCAAUUGGACUCUGGAAGGCUCCAAGAGCGAGACAAUCUCAUGGGAGUUUUCCAAGGCUGAGGGCCUCACUGCAACUGUAGGCUUUCAGGUUUCUGCUGGGAUUCCAGAGAUUGGACUCGGAGAAACAGGGAGCUUCCAGUGGGAGGUGAGCAAUUCAACCACCAGGACAGCCAGCCACAGCCAGGUGACUGAUCUCAAGUGGUCAACAGGCGGUGUUCUGCGGCCCGGUGAGAGGGUUACUGCAUCUGCUCUCACCCAGGUGGGCAAACUUUCCAACUUGUUUUACAAUGGUACCAUUGUGAUCAAAACCCAAGACAGCCACUGCUACAGCUACCCUGUAAGUGGGGUGUAUUCGGGUGCAACAGUGACCAACGUCCAGGUUGCUGUUGACGUUAAGAUAGGGGGCGUUAGCGGCAUGGUCAAGUCGGAUCCUCUAGGGCAGACAAGCUUGCGCGCCCGGUUUUAUCGCAGGGCAUGGAAGAAGCUGGGGGCUAAGCUCGACCGACGCGCGCGUCCAUGGCCUUCUUCAGCAUCGGCAAUGUAG